AAGUAACGUGUCGGCUCAAGUAACGUGUACACACAUACUUGUCCCCGAUACCGUACCUCGGGCUUAGACUGGCCGAUCGCGGAAGUUGCUGGCGCGAGCUGGCGGCGGAAGCGUGACGAGCCUGGGACGCCCGGGGUUUCUCUUCACUGCCUCGAGUGGUGCUCGCAAGUCUUGGUUCUUUCAGAUCUGCCUUGAGUGGAUUGCAUUUUGAUCAAUUUGCUGUGUAUCAUUGUUGUGAUAUCUCAGGUGUUCUCACACAUCUCCCCUCAGUGGUUCGCCAUAUACCUACCUUUCGUGAUCUUGUUUGUGCCAGAUGCCUCAUGUGCGGAGUCUCGCAUCCAGGUGUAGACGUCGGGCUCGGGCUUGCCAACUUCGCUGGGUUCGACAGGAUUGUCCUCUUCCGUUGGUGCUCGAUGGCCUAGUCGCCCGUGACACGGUAUUGCAUGAAGAGUUGGAUACUAAGGCUAUUGAGUUGUUGACUGCAUUACUCCAUCCCUCCGAUAGCUGCGCAAUAGUUGAUUCAGUUGUAGCUCCCGACACGUCUCCUUCUAGGAGUGUUCGGGUCGAGGAUUGUGUUCCAGAGGUCCGCUACGCGUCUUCAAUGGAGGAUGGGACCCAGGUUGACUGCCCAAGGAAGCUUUCAGUUCGUACGUGAGUUGCUUCAGUUUCAGUCCAUGGAAGUGGAAUCGUUGCCAGUGGUAUGGAGUCGAGGGCGCUUGGAUGGUGGAAAUCUCGACAGAGUAUUGCUGGGGAGUGGCUCGGUACUGCAUCUGUCUCGCGUUCGCUUUCUUCCCCAUCGCGUGAUGUUCGGAGUUCUUCUUAUGGGAGUGAUGAUGAUGUUCCUGCGGUCCGCUACACACCUUCAUAUGACCCUAUCGCCGAAAAUGAGCGUGAAGUGUACGAUUCAAGUUCUGAUGAUGUCGACGCCAUGGACGAUUGGCAAAUUGGCGUGAGAUACGCGGCUGAGAUCAAUGACGUUUUGGCUCAUAUCGAGGUCUCUGUGGAAGUUCUAGGUAAUGAUGUUCUUCGGGAUAAACAUCUUGCCACUCAGCUGGAGAUAGAUAAGACUGGUGAAUAUCUUGCCAUUGGAACUCGAGGUUUGGAAGCUCACGAUCUGCUGGAUGAGCUUUAUAGGCUGCAUAAGGCGAAGGAUGAUCGUUGGCAUGGGUUUAUUUCACGGCUAAGGGAUGAUGAAUUCUUGACAAAGGCCGAGCGGCAAAACUGCGUGAGUAAUCUGUUGAUGGUCCAUGAUUUGAAGUUGGAAGACAUUCGGGAACACAUUAAGACAGGGACGGAGUUUGAAUAUGGACGCGAGAAAGAAAUAGAGGAAUUGAGCUUGUGUAUGGAUGCGUGGAAAGAUUUUCUUAUGAGUAUGUCUGGCUCCUUCUAGUCCCCUCCAUUGUGUGAUAACUUGUCAUGUCUUGAACUUGGUCUUGGGCGUGCCGUGUUUCGUUGAGUGGUCUCCCCUUCGUGUCACAACGCGACGCCCGCGGAUCCUUUCAGAGUGUAUGACAGUGUUUUGAAUUCUCUGCAGUUUCAGAAUAUACAACAGUUUCCUCCCUACAUCCCGAACGCCGAGAGCAAUAGGGUAAUCAUGUAUACACAUUCUACCCUAUCGAUUGUGCGUUCUCACAGGUUGUUCUAUGGAUGACACAAACUUGAUAUUUGCAGUUUCUUCUCUCAAUGCCAGCUCCUACGGUUCUCAAUGCCAGCGCCUAUGAUUCGUCUCAAUGCCAGCUCCUACGAUUCUUCUUAAUGCCUGCUCCUACGGUUCUUCUCAUUGCCUGCUCCUACGAUUCUGCAUAUAUUGUGUUUCUGCGUUUGUAUUUGUAUUUCAUGAAUGUGAUUGGUUAUUCAGUACAGCUUCGCUGAUAUUAGCAGCUUCGCUGCCUCUGAGUUCCCUUGAGAUCAUGUUUUAUAAGUGCUUCCGCACACACGUUUGGUGUGUCCGUCGACGCCUGACCUUGUGCUUGCUCGUGGCCCUAGGGCCAGUCCGAGCCUCGCAAAGCCGCAAAGCAAAAACAA